UACCCAGAAUGCACCCGCGCCGCGCCGCGCGCUUCCUCGCAGCAGCGGUGAUGAUGCUGAUGGAGUGUUUUCGCUCGCUGUGCUGGAGAUGUGAUGGGUCUUCUGGAGUUCGUCUCUGAUCGUCAUGUUUCCCGGGGUCCUUUACGCGCUGCUGGCGGGUUUUCUCGGCGCGGUCGCGUCCUCCUCCGCCAAACUGUCCCUCGGCACCGACUACCUGAAGGGCGUGUGUGAGACCGGCCUGCGGACCUGGGGCGAGCAGAGGAGAUUCACGCAGGACAGCGACACGAGCGCGUGCGACUGGCUGCACAUCCCUCUCAGACUGCUGUGUGGAGGUCUGCUGUUCACCUGUAACGCUGUGAUGUGGACGUUCCUGGCCAAAGCUCUCCGCAGCUCGUGCUCCUCCACCCGCACCACUGUGACCACCACCGCCUCCAACUUCAUCUCCUCUGCGUUUCUGGGGCAGCUAAUAUUCGGGGAGACCCACGUGGCUCUGUGGUGGGUGGGCAUCUCUCUCACUCUCUCCGGUCUGCUGGUGCUUCAUCACACGUCGCCCAACCUCACCCAAUCACACGACAGCAAGAGAGAAUGACACUGCGUCUGCGUUAGAUGAGUUCAGUGUGGUUUAUGAACAUAUCAGCAAACACUCAUAUCACCACUUCUCAAACUGUGUGUGGGUCCAGCUUCUCUCAGACACACAAACCUCCUACGCUCUUACCAAGAUUUUACUUUCACUGCACAAGUGCUGCUCAAAUUAUUUGAGGUUAAACGUUAAAACGGAGAGAUUGAAAUGUUCUCGCAGCCGUAAAUCUACUAUCAUGCCAAAGAUCAAUUUAAAUAUAAGAAAUUACAUUUUAUUUAUGUUUGUUGUUAUUUAUUUUUAAAUUAAUCUACAUCAUUGUUAAUGUGGCAGGUGAAUCUCAGAACACGUCUGGCUCAUAUUUCACAUCAAAAUCAGUUUUAAAUAAAGAAGGUGAAGUUUGUUUUAGGACAAUUAAAAAGGGAAUAGAUUACAAAAACAUAAAUUAUGCAGGAAAAGUAACAUCAGUGCAACAUUUUCACUUUUGAGUGAAAUAAUGCUAAAUAUAAUUUUUUUUUUUUACAUUUAUUUUGAAAUAUGAUCUGGAUGCUCUAUCCUGAAAAGGUUUCAUGAGAUUUAUCUAGUAAAAUCUUUUUUUUCUUCGCACCAAAAUGUAAAACUUGCCAUUUGAUUUGACUGUUAUUUUACUUCAUAUUCAUACUACUGUAAUUUUUGUUAAUAUUUUGAAUUAGAUUUUAUUUUUAGAUUUUCUGUUUACAUUUUAAUUUGUAAGUUAUUUUUUUUAUAUAUGUCGUUUUAUUAAUAAUUGAUUAGUUUUAGUUAACUUAUCUUUAUUUUCUUUGGUAUUUUGGCACUUCAAAUUAAACUUAACAAAAAUUAAAAACUAAACGCUUUGGCAACUAGUUGAAGUAAAACAAAACAUGUUUUUAAUGAUUAUAUCAUUUAAAGUAAAAUAAAUGUUUUUAGUAAGCCAACCAUGUUUGAUACACAAGCAAAUAAAUAAACCAAUAAAUGAAUCUUAAAUUCAUAAAUCAACAAACAAAUACUUAAAUCAAUAAAUAUUGUUACAUUUAAAUAUGAAAGUAGUUUUCUGCUCUCUGAUCACAUCUCUUUUUAUCCUUCAAUCUUGCUAUUUCUUCAAUGACAUCACUUCCUUCGGUCUCCAGAGUGUCAGGUAUUGGUUAAAGCUGUGGUUCCCCACAUGUUUUUUUUUCAUGCAUCAACAUCCUCCAGCACUGUGAGCACUGCGUGUGGCAGGAGACGUGCAAUAAUGACACCAAACCUCUCCAAAUGUUGGCAUUCUACAUUCUUUACCAGAAAAUGCUUUUCCCAAAUAUGCCACAUGACUUAUGCAUGCAAACAUCCAGUGAUGUGAUCGCAAAGACACUUCCUGUAGCUGUACGAAUGAACGCAAACCAAAACCUGUUCUUCAGCCCCUUCUGCAGACACCGAAACUUACCAGGAUGACGCAAUGGAAACCAGCAGGUCAUACUCGCCGUUUAACUCCUCUAAUCUGAUGCUUUUCAUAGUGAAGAAAGAUGAUUUAACUUGUUUGUAAAAAUCAGUAGCAUGCAUGAAGAAAGUCAGCUUUGACUUCACGAUGACUCUGGCACAUUGUAGCUCUUUACCAAACCUCGGUAAAGACCUGCUUUAUCUGGAUCUUCACGGACCCUGAAGCAGAUUUAACAGGUCAUUACUGGAGGGGGCUGAAGGACGAGGUCAAGGUCUUGCACUUCCUGUGAAUUAUUCUAGUUCUUCCUGUGUUAUGAGUCUCAAUUAAGAGACUCUUAGAGCAGCUAAAUACGGUAGAUAUUAAUAAACAUGGACCGAAUGCAUUCCAUCAUAAUGUGAUGUUCUGAAGUCCCUGGCAAUGUGACGUCAUCUGUGUUUAACGUUGACAACAUCUGUCCUCGUCAUGAGCCCAUUAUUGGCAAAUAAUGUUUCAUUUUGUUAUAAAUAUGCACGAUGAACAUUGAGAAACUGUUGAAGGAUUUACAGUAACUUUAAAUACAUCUGAACAAUGACGCUAGAUUUACACUUAAUUACUGUUACCGUAGUAACUAUAGAACGUAGUGUUAUGUGUCAUUAUGAUUAAAGUAUUAGUUCUGCCAAACAUUUGUGUAAACUACUACCAGAACUAAAAUAUUCAUAUUUGGCAUCAUACACUGCAGUAUUAGGGACCAAAAGAGAAAAUAUCGUGCAUUAGAGGUCUGUUUGUAAAUUUUUGUUUUUGAUUUCAAAUUGCUAAGACCUGUUACUAUUAAAGAAGGGAUCAUUGAACGUCAGUCGACCAUCAUGUUAUAAUAUCUGUCUCAUUCAUGUUAAUUAUGGCAUGUGUUUAUGUAGCUGUCACUGAGUAAAUCACGGGCCACAUUCAUACAUGUGUAUAUAGUUGUAUUAUUUAAUGGACCAACUAGAGCUCUGUAAACUCAUCUAAAUGAAAUGACACUACACGAGUGAUUCAUUAAACUGA